ACCAUUUUUUAGCCACUUAUUUUUUGUUGUCAAUAUGCACAUAAGGGUUUUUUUGUUUAAUUUUUUAUUAUUAUUUUUUUUUUCGGAAAACACAGUGCAUAUAAGUAUGUAUAAAAAAAAACUUUUUGUAUAUGUGUUUAAUACACUUCACAGCGCUUUGGUUGUUUUUUGUUUUUCCUUUUUGUUUGUUAAACACAGCACUGCGAUUGUUCGUCUCUUUAGAUAGCUAUUUUUUUUUUCACUGUUCCACUCCACUUGAGUUUUGUUCACUUUAUACAUAUAGCUUUUUUUUUUUGUUUUGUUUAGCUUGUUUGUAUAUUUAUAGUGCCUAUCUUUUCGGCUCGAAGGACCAUGUAUUUAUUCCAACCUUUUGGAAUUAUUACACUCACCACUCACUCUUCAAUAUCCGGCCCGAUACUCCAACGGGAAUCUUCACGAUGACGAGGUGUCUGCUUCGAACUUGAUACGAAAAUAGAGGUCAGCCGCUUCCAGUGUUUUGGUUUUGUUGAUGGUUGGUGGGGUGAUCGGCCGGUGUGUUGGAUAUCCUGGGUGGUAGUGUCGUUGGGGGAGGUGUAUGUUGCGUGAGGUGAGGUGGUGAAUGUUGCGAGAGGUGAUGUGGCGAAUGUUGCUGAUGUGUGAUGUAGAUUGUGUUAGUUGAUGUGGGAGGUGUGUUGGUGUGUACGUUUUCGGGACGAUGUAGGCUCAUUUAGCCACUGCGUUUUACCUGAUUCACCGCUCUGUGUGUAGUUCAGAGAUGUCAGCUGGUGUCAUAGUUACUGUAAUUUCUGUAAAUCGUUGGCCAAAUUUGUAUGCUACAAACACGGCUUACAAUAAUUUCGAAUCACCGUGGUUAAUUUAGAAUUACCGAUUACACAGUCUAUUUGAAGCUGUUUAUUUAUAGAACGGUGUUGUCAUAUUUCAGCUCACUUAAGUAAAACGUUUAAUAAGACAAAAUCGCCUUAUUUAAGAAUGAUAUUAAAGUUAUUUUAAUGAAUAUGGUUUUGGUUAAAUGAAGCCCUAGUGUUAUACUCACCGAGUAUUCUCGCAUCUAUUAUAAGUACUGUAUUUUUAAGAAUACUUUUUAUAAAAAUACAAUUGUUUAAUUAUAUACUUCUACUGCACCAGUGCUUUCUUCGUGGCUGUUUAAUCUUCCAUAUACAUGCGUACAUUCAAUGGAUAUAUUUAUUUAUUUACUUAUGCGGAGGAUAUCGCUAUGGAACCAAGAAAGUAUAUAUAUGUUAAUGUCCCAUCCAACUUUCCUAAUGAUGACAGCCCUUAAUAUUAAAAUGAUAACUCUUUGUAACAUUAUUCAGCCUGCAUACACACAGAAAAUUUCAUAUCGUUGCGGUGAAUAUUUUCGAAGUAGUUUGAAAAGGCGUUUCAGAGUGCUUGGAAGUACAAGGCCGGAGCGGCAGCGACUACUUGAACGCUAUUCCCAUUAUACACCUGCCUAUUGUAAAUGCUGCCUUCUAAUGUAUUUAUAUAAUAUGUGUAAAUCAACAGUGUGAUUGUAGCUGAAUUGUAAACUUUUAUUUUUCGAAUGGGACUCCAAAACGUACUCGGAAAUUUUAAAGGCUGCACCUUAUGGUGAUCAAGAAGUUGUAAAGAAAGAAUGUAUUGGAUACGUACAGAAACGAAUAGGCAUGCGACUCCGAGAUUGUGUCAAAAAAAUGUUGAAACAGUUGAAAACAAAAGAGAAAAAAAAUACAAAUAACUCUCGACGGAAAAGGCGAACUAACUGGAAAGAUGAUCGAUAAGUUGACAGUUUAUUAUGGCUUAGCAAUAAGAAGAAAUUGCGAUUCCAUUAAAAAAAAUUUGGCAGAGGGCUGCAGCUGCCAAUCAAUUAUCCACUUUCGAACAUGAUUAUGAGCCAUAAUCAGAAGAUGUAGCUGAGGCUGUGCGUCCGAUUUUUAAAGAUCUCAGCAGUGAGAAUUGAUUAGAAAGAUGAGAGCUUCAAUCAACUGAUUUGGAAAAUCUCUCCCAAAAUUGUUCCGGCCGGUUAGAAAACUGUGAAAAAUUUAGGAAUGGCAUCAUAGUAGUAAAUUAUUUAACAUUAUAUGAAGACAAUAGGAAUUACACUUGGGCCUAAUGCGCAUUCAUAUGCCGAAAAAGAAGAUAAGCAGCGCGUGGAAAUUUCCGAUCGCAGAGCGCAUGAGAGAACCCGAGAUGGAAGAAUGGCUCGAAAACAACAUCUGCUCCAGUUAUUAGAAGCUGCCGAAUCGGCGGAGGGUCUCUUAUAUGGGCUUGGAAUUGACAACUCCAUCAAGUGGUCAACAUCUUUCAUUGCUUAAUACCCCGCCAAUACUCUAUGUGCCUGAAAGAAAUUGGAGGAUACCGGAAACCGAGCCUGUUGGCCAAAUUAUUACUAGAAUCCGUGCGGAAGAUCCAGAAAACGAUGACCUGGUUUUUGGCCUUGAACCACAUUUUCUUUCUCAUUUCGACAAUGAUAAUGAUACGGAAAAUUUACCGUUUCGUAUAGAUUCAGUCAGAGGAAUAGUUUACUUGAACGAAAGUCUGGUUGGGCGAGGUGGCGAAAACUUUUUUUUAUACAUUACUGUUUCAGAUGGAGACUUAACAGCUAAAAAUGAAGUGUUUGUUAACAUUCUUGCUAAGGGAAACGAUACCUCGUCCAAUUUUCGCACACCACCGUCAGUCACAAAUGUUGUACAAAAUAUUUCUCAAAUCCUACCACCUUUUGACACCUUACCAGGUGUACAGUCAGUAAGAAAUAAAUAUUCGAAAGAACGACCAACGAAUCACUCUCCCUUAAAUUUUGGUACCAAUCAAGGUUCAUUUGCACUGAACCAUAAACAUCAGUUUUUACGCCCGCUUAAUAGCAAUAGUAAUGAGCAAACAUCUAUAUUAAUGUUGUCGUCAGCUACUGGCGAUCCUCAUACUGCAACAGGUCGUCUGAAAUUAACGCCAAUAAAGCAUAGCAAUAACGAGCAUUUUGUCAACGGAAUGGCUAAUAUACGACAUAAUUACAUCAACAACCAAAACGACUCAGUAUUACAUUUAAAUAAAAACAUAACUGCCCCAGCCAAUGAUGAUUCCAUAAAGAAAUUAUAUAACAAGAUCUCAUACGAUGAAAGUUUGAGUACUAAUUAUUCGACAAAAGCAAUCGUGCUUCCAAUUAUAUUAACUUCUUCAGGAAUAUUUUUUGUGGCUGUUGCCAUUUUUGGAUUUCUAUAUCGAAAACAUUUGUGCGCCAUAAGUAAAAAAUUGAAAAAAAUAUCCAAAGAGGAGAUGUUUAAGAUAUCCAAUCAAAGCAAUCUAAGUAACAACUUAGCUGAUGAUAGCAGAAAUUCAAUGGUUAUGCAACAUUGGAAUGGCCCUACUGCUUACAACAAUCGUUACGUACCAUGGGAAAGAGAUCCUCAACAUAAUGGAUUGGUUACAUCACAACUGUCGUCAAAUGCCACCAGCGGAGCUAUACACGAUGACGAUACUAAUGUGACAAAUAACAUUGGUGGAUUAACAAAUAUUACUGAUAAUGUUAUUGGUCAUUCGAUAAAUGCCUCCCACAAUUCAGUUGAUAGCUCAACCUGUAAUAAGAAUAGCAAAUGUUGUUGGGAGUUCCCGCGGCACCGACUUAAAUUCUUCAAUAUUUUGGGUGAAGGAGCUUUUGGUCAAGUAUGGCGUUGUGAAGCAAACGACAUUGAUGGCACAGAAGGGGUUACUACUGUGGCUGUGAAAACUUUAAAGGAAAACGCUACUGAAAGUGAAAAGAAAGACCUGAUGAGUGAAAUUGAAGUUAUGAAGUCACUUGAACCUCAUAUCAAUGUUGUCCGAUUACUUGCAUGUUGCACCGACAAAGACCCGAUAUUCGUAAUUAUUGAAUUUGUGAAUCGAGGAAAAUUGCAAACCUACCUUAGAAAUUCUCGUGCUGAAAUGCACUAUGGGAAUACUCAUGGAAAAUCUAAAACUUUGACCUCGGGUGAUUUAACGUCUUUCAUGUACCAAGUAGCCAAAGGUAUGGAUUUCCUAACUUCUCGAGGGAUAAUUCACAGAGAUUUAGCAGCAAGGAAUAUUCUGAUUACUGAUGAACACACUUGUAAAGUUGCAGAUUUUGGAUUUGCUCGUGACGUUGUAACAUCAAAAAUUUAUGAAAGAAAAAGUGAAGGAAAACUCCCAAUACGAUGGAUGGCCAUGGAAUCCCUUUAUGACAAUUUUUCCGUGAAAUCUGAUAUAUGGAGCUUUGGAAUUUUAUGGGAAAUAGUGACAUUGGGGUCAACACCAUAUCCUGGCAUUUCUGCGGGGGUCAUGCGUAAGGUACGCGAUGGAUACCGUCUUGAAAAACCUGAACAUUGCCGACGUGAACUAUAUAACAUAAUGUAUUACUGCUGGUCAGGCGAUCCCAAUGAGCGCCCUACUUUUGUGGAAUUGGUUCAAAUGCUAGAUAAACUACUACAUACUGAGAUGGAUUAUAUUGAACUGGAACGUUUUCCUGAUCACAACUACUAUAAUAUUCUGAAUAUGAGCGGCGAAAAGUUGUAAUACUAUACUAUAAUUAAUGUAUGUAAGAGUUUAAAAACUCUGUUCCAAUAAUAAACAAUUUCAUUACUUUUUA